CCCUGCCCCUUUCUGACGUCACGCCCCUGACUGUUGUGCGAGUCUUUCUCCGUUCACGCGCGCGCGAGAGCCCUCCCCAACUGGCGCGACCGUAGAGUCGCUCUAGCUCGUGAUUCAAAGUAGUGUAGACUUCUUGCCCGGCUCCAGCUGUCUCCGGUCUCUCCGGGAAUGAGAAGCAAUGGCCGGCUCUGCCAACGAGGAGAAAACCUUCAAGAGGUUCCUGGAGCUCUUUCUGCGGGAGAUGAGGCCACCUCUCCAGGAGGACGUACCUGUACCCAUGCGCCCCUUUUCGGACCUCAUCUCGGAGGACGAGGUAGAAGGGGAAUGCCUCGACCUGUGUCUUCAGCUCCUCUGUAAAUAUAAUUGCCCUUUCUCCUUGGCUGCAGCCCUGGCCCGUGGUACGGCUGAUAGCAUCCUGCAAAGCGAUCUUUCAGUGUACCAUCUCAACAAGAGCGUAGAGGACGGGACCGAAACAUUGCCUCAGAUUGAUUCGGUGAAGCUAGCACGGUUGGUCUAUAAUAAGCUGUGUGAGACGUGCUGCCAUUGGCUCAAGGAAUUCCCGUAUCGCCGUCGCCACUUGCCGUACUACGAGACCUCCAUCCACGCCAUCAAAAACAUGCGACGCAAGAUGGAGGACAAACACAUGGUCAUUCCAGAUUUCAACACGCUCUUCAAUCUACAGGACCAGGAGGAGCAGGCGUUUUUUGCCGUGUUUGAUGGUCACGGCGGGGUGGAUGCCGCCAUCUACGCCGCCAACCACCUGCAUGUGAACCUGGUCAGACAAGAAAUGUUCAGUCAGGACCCGGGAGAAGCCUUGUGGCACGCCUUCAAACUGACAGAUGAACGAUUUGUACAGAAGGCAUCACGAGAGAACCUGCGCUGUGGUACCACCGGGGUAGUGACAUUUCUGAGGGGUCACACACUGUACGUAGCCUGGCUCGGAGAUUCACAGGUCAUGAUGGUCAGGCGAGGUCAACCAGUGGAGCUGAUGAAACCACACAAACCAGAUAGAGAGGAUGAGAAGAAGCGGAUUGAGGCUCUGGGCGGUUGUGUAAUCUGGUUUGGCACAUGGAGAGUCAAUGGAAGCCUGUCAGUGUCAAGGGCCAUUGGUGACUCAGAACACAAGCCCUACAUCUGUGGUGAUGCUGACCACACCACUUUCAACCUGGAUGGUAGUGAAGACUACUUGAUCCUGGCCUGCGAUGGCUUCUACGACACCGUGAACCCGGAUGAAGCGGUGCGAGUGGUCAGCGACCACCUGCAAGAAAACAACGGAGACACCGCCAUGGUAGCCCACAAGCUUGUGGCCUCGGCCCGUGACGCGGGGUCCAGCGACAACAUCACGGUAAUCGUGGUGUUCCUCAGGGACCCCCGUCUGCCCCCACCCUCGGAGGAACCAGAGGAGGAAGCUGAAGAAGAACCUGUGGAAGAUCCAGGAGAGGAGGAGGAAGAGGACGUGGAGGCUUUGCAGAGCGAGUUGGUGUGCCAAGACGGAGGGACUGAGAACGGAGGAAAGAAUCGGGGCGGCUGGCCACUCCAGCAAUGUUCCGCCCCGGCUGACUUGGCCUACGAAGACCGCAUGGAUUCGUUUACGGACAGAACCACUCUAAGCAUCACAGGGCCGGACCUGCAUGCAGAGACUGGCUGCUUUAGGCUCCCAGCUUCCUCAGGCCUACCCCCUGUGAGAACCAUCACACCAGACCUCAUAUCCCCCUACGGUGGGGCUGGAGCGGCCUGGCGCCCCUACCAAGACGAGGGCCUCUCUGGAUACAGGCAAAAUCCCCAGCCUAAACCAAGAGUCCCCUCUUACUCUCAGCACACCCCAGAUGGACAAUUGCUGGAGGUGGCUGCGCUCUUCCCCCAUGAGGGACGGAGGAAGAGGCGGAUGGAGUUUAUGCCGCUAAGGAGGGAAUCGCAGCGUUUGAUCCGGAGGGCCAGGGAAACCUACGGCCCACUUAGCUGCAUGCCCUAUCCUCUUCGCUCACCAGAGAGGAAGCCUGGGAUGGCCUUUCCCCAUGUUAUCCACAGCAAAAGGGUCUAAUCAAUUACUUCCUUGCCCCAUCAUACUGCCCUCCAUCCCUAAGGCUAAAACUCAUAUCACGCAACCCAGACUGAGCACGCUUUGUCCCAAAACCUAGUGAGCUGCCCGAGUAGGCAGCAUUGCUUUGGGUGCAAAGCUUAAAAUCAGUGGUCCAAAUCAGUUACAUACAAGGUCUAUUUUAGUCAGGCUGCCUAUGUAGCCAGUAGGGAGCCUACUAGGUUUUUGGACAGAGCCAACUGAUACUACACUGCUGUAACGCUUCCUCUCUCAUUUUAAGAACCCCUUAACGCGCUUAUUCAGCUUAUUCAUCCUCAUAACCCUCUCUGAUCUGGUUUGUGUUAACACUAACCUUAAACACACUGUCUUCUGUUUAUACACUCACACAUGGUUCAGAUGUCAUGCACACACGGUGUAGUAUCUUUUAACCUGAAAUAUCUGAGACAUGAUACAGCUCUUGGCCGCCGUGGGGUGAAUUCACUAAACAGUUUGUGCUGCAGUCUAGUUUAACCAGGUGCUAAAUGCAGCAUUAACAUGGCUAAUUUCUUGUGUAAAUUAAGCUUAUUAUAGAUUGUAAUUUAGGCUUAUUAUAGAUUGAACUGUAAGUCAGGCUUAUUCAGUAUUCGCUUGGCACAAUUAACGUUGCGCUAUUAUCGCCCACAGAAACCAGGCGUUAAAUGAAUUUUUAUGUAAAUGAGAUAUUUGGGAACUUUUUACUGUUAAUCACGGCAAUAUUCAAGAAAUUAUAUAGAAACGUGCAUUGUUCAGAUAUGCAUAGUGAAAUGAUGCUGCACGUUCCCAUUUUGAAGCUAUUUUUUCAUCGAGUAACUUUUUGUAUCGGACGCUAAACAUCGCAGAUAGAAAUUUAAUUGCACUAUCAAAUGGUGCAAUAUAUUUUUAGUGAAUUCCCCCCACAUAUUUAUCUGCUUUAAUCCACCUCCAGAUUAAACUUGUUCAGAAUCACUUACUAGACCUCAUGGGUGGGUUUUAUUUAUUCCUUAUUUUCUAAAGCUAAAAAGGUUGAAAAAGAUUUUUUUGAAUUGCAUUUUAUUUUGGUCACAGUAGGGGUUUGUUAGAGUUAAUGAAUUGCAAACAUAUUGAUUUGUGUAUGAGAAAGCAUGUCUAGAAGACAUAUACUGUAUGUGCACUGUAAAAAAUGCAGCAUUAAGUCAA